AGUAAACAGAAAAAAAUGUCUCUUAUCUUCAGAAAUCCUCACUUCACUUCUCUCAGCCUAAACCCUACACAAAAAACUCCCCACAGUAGAGCAAUGAUUCUUCAACCCACCACCCCCAAACCACCGCCAAAUCACCACCACCACCACCACCACCACCACCACAAUCAGAUCCAUCUAUUCUCACCGAAUACGCUGUCGUUUUCUCUCAAACAACCACCCGCAAUCUGUAACACACACAGAAACCCGCUCUUCGUUGCGUGUUCGUCGAUAUCGCAGGUUCACAGCUAUGGAACGCUUGACUACGAGAGGCGGCCGAUGCUGAAUUGGAAUGCCGUGUACAAGCAGAUAUCCAUGCUGGAUGACCCCAAAUUGGGCUCCGCUUCUGUGCUGAAUCAGGUGGAAAAUGAUGAUAAGAGGCUCACGAAAUGGGAGCUCUGCAGGAUUGUCAAGGAGCUCAGGAAAUUCAAGCGCUUCAAAUACGCCCUCGAGGUUUACGAUUGGAUGAAUAACAGAGCAGAAAGGUACAGAAUAACAACAAGCGACACCGCUAUUCAGCUCGAUUUGAUCGCCAAAGUGCACGGCAUCGCAAGUGCCGAACACUAUUUCCUCAAAUUGCCAGAUGCCUUAAAAGACAAGAGAAUCUACGGGUCUCUCUUGAACGUGUACGCCCGUUCAAGAAUGAGGGAAAAAUCCGAGUCUCUAAUGGACAUAAUGAGGAGCAAAGGCUACGCUAGCCACGCACUCCCUUUCAAUGUGAUGAUGACACUCUAUAUGAACCUCAAAGACCAUGAAAAGCUCGAAUCACUAAUAUCAGAACUGAAGGAAAAAAACAUCGCAUUAGAUAUAUAUACAUACAAUAUCUGGCUGUCAUCCUGUGGUGCAAAAGGGGCUGUGGAGAAAAUGGAGGAAGUUUUCGAACUGAUGUCGGCAGACCCCGCCAUCAAUCCGAAUUGGACCACAUUCAGCACAAUGGCAACAGUGUAUAUCAAGUUAGGCCACCUCGAAAAAGCCGAAGACUGUCUGAAAAAGAUUGAGAGUAGAGUAACGGGUAGGGACCGUUUGCCCUACCAUUAUCUUAUUAGUUUAUACGGAAGUGCUCAUAAUAAAGAUGAGGUUUAUCGGGUGUGGAAUCUUUACAAGGCAUCUUUUUUCAAUAUUCCGAAUUUGGGCUACCACACUGUGAUCUCUGCCUUAGCAAGAACAGACGAAAUGGAAGGGGCUGAGAAGAUAUACGAUGAAUGGCUCUCCGUGAAAUCGUUCUUCGAUCCUAGAAUAACGAAUAUUCUCUUGAGCUCAUAUGUUAGAAAGGGGCUUUCUCAAAAGGCGGAGACUAUGUUUGGCCAGAUGAUCGAGGCUGGUGGGAAACCUAAUUCCAUGACUUGGGAGAUUUUUGCAGAAGACCACAUUCGGAAUACAAGGAUAUCCGAGGCUUUGUCUUGCUUAAAUAGUGCUACUUUAGCUGAUGGUUCGAAAAAUUGGAGGCCGAAUCCCUCGAAUGUAUCUUCGAUUCUCAAGAUCUGCGAGCAACAAGCUGACGUGGCAAGUAAGGACGCCUUGCUGGCGAUCCUGAGGCGGAUGGGUUGUCUUAAUGAUGUGUCGUAUAUGUCGUAUAUACCGAUGCUGAGCGGUGAGAGAAUUCCCGGUGGUGUUUCGGUGGCGGAAGAUAGUGAUGGGGGCGACGAUGGAACUUUUGGACUUCUGAACGAACUGCAGGAGACCUUGUGAGAGAGUUUUCGAUUUCUGACAUGGCCAUGCAAUAUAGUGUACCGUGCGAAAGGUAGGUGUUUCCUCGACGAAAUUUACCCUUUUUUUAGCGACUUUUAAGUAUUAGUAAAUAUUGAGUUUGUUAGGUACUGUUAUUCUCGAAAAUCAAGAAUGAAUUUUGGGUUUAUUCAAUGAAGCUCUGCAGAAACAUUAUUAUUUUUGCUUGCUAUAAGAAUGAAUCUUGUUGAUUUG